AACAACAGUAAAAUGGAUCAAAAUAGCUUGAACUCAUCCCAAUUCACAGUAGCUCUUCAAACUUAAACCGGGAGAAUGGAAGAAUGGAAGAACUAUCUAGUUGAGAAUGAGAAGGGGGGAAGGGAAAAGAUAUAAUUAUAAUUACGAUAGAUCUGUUUUUUGUAUGAGAAAUUUAAAAAAAGCACCUUGUCCCCGUCGUCCAUCGCAGUCGCAACUUCAACUCGCCUCUGAAUUGUCGAAUUUUACCUUCUUCAGCUUCGGCAUCGUCUUUUUUAAUUGUUAACACCCCCACACCACAGAAGGAAAAAACAUGAAGUGACGUCGAAACAGAAAGGUCUCGGUGUUUCUAAGGGAAUGAAAAUGGACAAGAAAGGUUUAAAGCUUCUAGCCUUUAUAAACGGUCAUUAGAAGCAGAGGAGGCUGUUGAUCAAUCCAUUGAAGCAGUGACAAGUAUCUGGAGGAGUUGCUGAGCCUACAGAGCAUUCCAUUUUUUUCUUUACCUUUUAGUUGCUCGCUGCUGCCGAACUUAUACCCUGUCCAAUAUUGAUGUGCCUUUUACCAUGUCAUCGACUUAAUCCAACUAUUCUAGCACCAUUUCACCCUUUUUUUCCUCCUACCAGUAAAACGCGUGAUAAAAAAUUAAUUUUUAAAAAAUCGCUGUUCCUAAUUCCUACAAGCACCUCCAAAUCUCCAAGCAAAGUUUCUUUUUUCUUUCUUUCCAAUCCUUUCUCUUUUCAGAUUACAAACUACAUGUGAACGCCUUUUCUUUUCUUUGAUAGGUUUUCAAACACUAGGUUAUUCUUUUCUUCUUUUUUAGUAGGCUUGUUUUUUCUGGACUAUAUGAAUAUUGUCAGAACCAGCUCAAAACUAAGUAAUUAAGAGAAGCAAUCCCAAAACCAAAUGAUAAUUUUAUGCUUGUUUGCAAAGGUGAAUUUGGUAUCAAUUGAGUGAUAAGGAAGGAAUUGUCAAUAUUCAUCCAAGUGGGACUUUUGGGGGAUUGAAUAACCUUCCGUGCUCAACAGGGGCUUCUCAUUUUUCGUAUGAAGGAUUUUGCAUUCUCGCAUUCGGGAGAUUUUGUGACCCGCAUUCUUGAUGGAACUUGUUUUUACCAAAUGGGCAUGCGCAUUUCUACUCUGUUGUUGGCUCUUCACUUCCGGAGUAUACUCGGUGGAGGGGUUGCGUGGGGAUUCCAAAGUUAGAGGCGUGAAUUUAGGAGGGUGGCUGGUCAUUGAAGGUUGGAUUAAGCCUUCAUUGUUCGAUGGCAUUGCCAAUGGAGACAUGAUUGACGGAACGGAGGUUCAACUUAAGUCAGUGACUUUGCAGAAGUAUGUGUCUGCUGAGAAUGGGGGUGGCAUGAAUGUUUCAGUUGACAGAGACGUCCCAUCUUCAUGGGAAACCUUCAGGUUAUGGAGAUUGUCAGCAUUUGAAUUUCAAUUUCGCACCUCCCAAGGCCAAUUUUUAACAUGCAAUGGGGAUGGGUGCUCUGUCUCGGCAACAGCAAAAUUACCUUCAACAUCAGAAUCAUUUUCCAUUGAAAGGAAAGAGAACGAUAAAAUUCAUAUUAAAACUAAGAAUGGAGCAUAUCUGCAGGCUACAACAGGUGGUCAGCUUACAGCAGACUAUCCAGGUGUGCCAGGAUGGGAUGAUAAUGAUGCCACAUUUGAAAUGACAAUUGUAGAAAAUAUUAUACAUGGAGAUUACCAGUUAGCAAAUGGAUAUGGUCAUGAUCGUGCGAAAGAGGUUCUUAAGAGACAUAGAAGUAGCUUUGUCACUGAAGAGGAUUUCAACUUUCUGUAUAGACACGGAAUCAAUACUGUGAGGAUCCCAGUUGGUUGGUGGAUUGCUUUUGAUCCUGAUCCUCCAGCUCCGUUUAUUGAAGGAAGUCUUGAAGCUUUAGACAAUGCAUUUUCAUGGGCGCAAGAAUAUGACAUAAAAUGCAUAAUUGACCUGCAUGCUGCCCCUGGUUCCCAAAAUGGGAUGGAACAUAGUGCAAGCAGAGAUGGAUUUACGGGCUGGCCCACAGAUCCGGAUUACAUUGCAGAGACAUUGCAUGUGAUCGAUUUUUUAGUUUCCAGAUAUGCAAGACAUCCUGCCUUGCUGGGAAUUGAACUUUUAAAUGAACCAUCAGCUGCCACUGUUCCAUUAAAUAUUUUAGUUUCAUAUUACAAACAAGGCUACCAAAUUGUUCGGAAAUAUUCACCAUCAGCUUAUGUAAUAGUUUGCCAAAGAAUUGGCAAUGCAGAUCCUAUGGAACUUUAUCAGGCUGACAUAGGAUCUCACAAUGUGGUUGUGGAUUUGCAUUUCUACAAUCUUUUCGACAAUUUUUUCGCUAAUAUGAGUGCUGCGGAUAAUAUCGAAUUCAUAUACGAAAGUAGGGAAGCUCAGCUGCAGGCCUUGAACGAUGGGAGUGGCCCUCUUGUUUAUGUGGGGGAAUGGGUUAAUGAGUGGAACUUGACGAACGGAUCUCAAACGGAUUACCAAAAUUUUGGAAGGGCACAGUUAGAAGUAUAUAACGCAGCUUCCUUUGGAUGGUCUUAUUGGACACUUAAAAAUGACAGGAAGCAUUGGGAUUUUGAGUGGAGCGUGAGGAACAACUAUCUUCAAUUAGGUAACUCACCCAGCAUACAGAUUUUCAACGGCUUAGGAUUUUUAGGAUUGGCAUCUGCGUGGUUUUGUUUUCUUCCUUAUUUAUGAGAGGUCAGGCCUGAGUUCUGCACAAUCUAUAUCUUGAGGUUUGGAUUGACGCUGCUCUUUUCUUGAGGACUUUUUUUUCCCUGUUUUUUUUUUUUUUUUUGUGGGAAGUCACCAUCUUAUUAAUAUUGUUUUGCAAUUUGUAGAACGCAACAUUGAUGGAUAUGUAUGGAUUAUGUUGUAUUGUGUAUAAAGAAGAAGCCAAAAGGCAAAA